GAAAAAUCACGUGACAAGUCUUGUGAUCAUCGAGCGGUCUACUAAGCGAAGAUUCUGUUGAUACUGCUGCUAGAACCUUUCACGUAUAAAAAUACCAAACACAAUGAAGAAGGCACUACUUUCAUUCUCAGCUGUACUAUUGUUGUCGAUAGCGCACGCGUUGCCAAAUGUGUUUAACUUUGAAAUGCCUAAAAUUGACAGCCUUCUGAAAGAUGUUAAAUCAUCUAAGAAUCGGUUCACUGACAAUGUCAGCCAACUGUUGAUGCAGUAUCACAUGUCUCAGAGCAAGGGGUUUAAACAGAAUAUGAUUGAUCAAUUGAUGAAGACCAGUGGAAUGAGAAGCCAAGUUAAUGGAUUUCAGUGGAAGGAUUGUGGAAGUGCAGCAGGGAAGAUUUCCAGUCUGAACAUCUCCCCAGAUCCCAUCCAGUUUCCAGGAACCAUCACUGUAUCUGUAGGGUUUACUCUCAACACAACAUUAGAUAAACCUUUAGCGAUGGAUGUGCAGUGGUUUAAGAAGUCUGGAUCCUCCUAUAUUAAGAUACCCUGUAUAGGUAUGAUUGGUAGCUGUACCUAUGACAGUGUCUGUAGCAUCCUGGCUGAUGUCCAGUGUCCAGAUCCUCUUGUUCAACAUGGUAUACCAUGUCAGUGCCCCUUUAAAAAGAACACCUACAAUCUUCCAGCAACUGAUUUUGAGGUAGAUGCCGCUUUUCUUCCUGAAGGAGAUUAUCAUAUAAAGGCUAUUGUACGAGCAGGGAAAACACAGGCAGCCUGUCUGGAUGUGUAUGCCUCAGUGGCUUAUAUGAGUGUUAUUUGGGAAAAAAAGAACAACCAAGGACAAUUUGUAGAGAUACCAUGUAUCGAGGACCUAUUUACAUGUAAUUACACAGAUGUUUGUGAACUAAUGGACCAGAUUGUACAAUGCCCUGACCCACUGGUAGCAGCAGGAAUUCCAUGUCAGUGCCCUAUUACUAAGGGUAAAUAUUUGAUGAAUAAUGCUAAUUUUGAGAUUGAUGCUGCUGUCCUAUCAGAUGGAGAUUAUCGAAUAAAAGUAAUGGCAAUGGCUAAAGGAAAACAAGUGUUGUGUAUUGAUAUGACAGCCUCAGUAUCAGGGUAA